AUGUCGUCAUCUCGUUCAUCAAGUGUUUCGUCGGCAUCCGGCGGAUCCACAUCAUCGAAAACGGCACAAGAUGAAACCAUCGCUAGCGAUCUGGUCGUUACAAAAUAUAAAAUGGCAUCGGAAAUAACUCAACGUGUUCUACGUGAAGUUAUCGAUCGUUGCGUUCCAGGUGCAUCAAUCAAAGAUACUUGUAUUUUUGGCGAUAAACGUUUAGAUGAAGAAACAUCUCGUGUUUUCAAAAAAGACAAAGAUGUUAAAAAGGGCAUCGCAUUUCCAACAUGUUUAUCCGUCAACAAUUACAUUUGUCACUUUAGUCCAUUAGUAUCUGAUCCAGAUAUGAUCUUAAAAGACGAUGACGUCGUUAAAAUCGAUUUAGGUUGCCAUAUUGAUGGAUAUGUCGCUGUCGUCGCUCAUACACUU